UCAGUUUUCACCUUUUCAGUUCACAGUCCCAUACCUCAGCUCCGUAAACAACAAUGGAGCUAGCAAACACGCGCAACCACUCCUCCAAACGCAAGUACGAUGACGCCAUUUCACCGCCACAACCACCACCCGCGUUAACGUCCAACGGCACUGUCGCUGACAACAACGUCGAUCUCUCCCUUCUCGAAGCAAUAGAGAAAUCGCAGAACGCCGUGGAAGCCCUCGACCUCCGAACCCUAAAGAAGCUUGUCCUCGCCUUCGAGCGCCGCCUCAAGGAGAACAUCGAGGCCCGUCUCAAGUACUCGAAUCAACCAGACCGAUUCGCCGAUUCGGAACUGGACCUCCACGAGGAGCUCCAGAAACUGAAGAUCCUCGCCGGAGCCCCUGAGCUCUACCCUGACCUUGUCGCACUCAACGUCGUCCCCUCCAUCGUCGACCUCCUCAACCACGACAACACUGACAUCGCCAUCGACGUCGUUCAGCUCCUCCAGGACCUCACUGACGAGGAUGUCCUCGACGACAACGAUGAACCGGCUAAGGUUUUAGUUGAUGCUUUGAUAGAGAACAGUGUUCUCGAGCUCCUGGUGCAGAAUCUCCACCGGCUCAACGAUUCUGAUCCCGACGACUCUGCCGCAGUUUACGCGACGCUCGCAACGAUAGAGAAUCUGAUCGAAGUGAAGCCGGCAGUGGCAGAGUUAGUUUGCGAGAAGACGAAGCUGAUGAAGUGGCUGCUAGGGAAGAUUAAGGUUAGGGAAUUCGAUGGGAAUAAGCAGUAUGCAUCGGAGAUUCUGGCGAUUCUUCUGCAGAGCAGCACGGCAAACCAAAAGAGGCUGGGGCAAAUGAAUGGGGUGGAUGUGGUGCUGCAGGCGGUGGCAAUGUACAAGAGCAGGGACCCCAAGAGCUCUGAUGAAGAGGAGAUGCUAGAGAAUCUGUUUGACUGCUUGUGCUGCCUGUUGAUGCCAUUGGAGAACAAGGAGCGUUUUGUUAAGGCUGAAGGAGUGGAGUUGAUGAUCAUCAUCAUGAAGCAGAAGAAGCUGGCUUAUGGGUCGGCCAUAAGGGCGCUUGAUUUUGCAAUGACCAAGUACCCUCCAGCUUGUGAACGGUUUGUGGAUGUCUUGGGGUUGAAAACGGCGUUUGCAGCUUUUAUGGGUAAGAUUCCUGUCAAUAAAAAGAACAAGAAAGAAAGGUACCAAGAGGAAUUGGAGGAGCGUAUUGUGUCACUGAUUUCUUCGUUAUUUGGUGGGAUCUUAAGGGGUUCUAGGAGAGAAAGAUUGUUAAGUAAAUUUGUUGAAAAUGAGUGUGAGAAGAUAGACAGGCUAAUGGAACUAUACAUGAGAUAUUCAGAUAGAGUCAAAGCAGAAUCUGAACGGUUGAAUGAAGUUGAGCUUGAUGACUUGGAGAUGGAUGAGGACGAGAAAUACAAUCGCAAACUGGAAGCUGGACUUUAUACUCUUCAGUUGAUUGCUGUCAUUCUGGGUCAUAUUUGGUGCUCGGAGCACCCACAAAUGAGAGGAAGAAUUGAACUACUACUGAAGCAAAACAAACUUAGUAAGAACCAUCUCAAGGAUAUACUUCAGGAAUAUCAUGAUAAUAUUGGUGAUCUUGAUGGACCAGAAGAGAAGGAACGAGCACAAACCAAAAUUCAGAAGUUCAUAUCAGCAUUAGAAUAAGUGUAAGACUUGUCAGAGUGACCUUGUAUGCGUAUAGAAUCUGUUAUUUUUCUACCAAGAGGAGUAGCGCCGAAAGAGCUCUAAUUUGCAUGUAAUGCUGUUGAGAUCGUAGUGAUGGACCAUUUUUGCCAAACUGCUUUAAUAUAUAGAUGGAAUGGAUUUAGUUGUUUGAAGAAUGAUUUCUGUAUAGUGUGUACAUUCUUAAUACUAUCAAUUCAAAUGUUCUAUCAUGUGACAUUAUACAUUACUUAAUGAUCAAACAUGCUGAAUUU